AUGCCGGAUCCAAAGGUUUCGUAUGCUCCUAUAAAACGUGGAGGCACAAUAAAUAUAGAUAAAAUAAAUGUUAGAACACCGUCAAAAAUGUUACCGUAUAGUUAUAAUGUUCUUCCUCGUGAUUGGUUUCUUCUACGUGGUGCUCCAGUGUCAGUCGUAACGUUUGGAGUUUUAGGAGGGGCUGGACUUUUGUUGUUAGCUUGGCAAAAAUCCGCGAAUAGUCAUCGAACACUUAUAAGCAUGAAAUGGCCAAAAGUUGCGUUGUAUACUCUAAUAUAUACCGCUCAAAUUUAUUUAUGGUUUGCGGGAUUAUCACGUCUAAGAUCGACAAGAACUUUAAUAUUAACACAAUUUUCAGACAUAUGGAAUAUUCCAUUUAUAACGUAUCUAUUAAGAAAUAAUUCAUCAUUAGAUUCUACAUUAACGGCCAAGGGAGCAUAUUAUACAGCAUGGACAUUAAUCUUGUCGUUUUUUGUAGAUUUGAUAUAUGUCUCAAGUACAAAUUCAAAACCUUCAAUACCUUUAUCACAAGAUAUGGAAACAAUUCUUGAUGCCAGUUAUUUUGAAAAUCAUACUAUUAUUAGUCUAGUUAUUGGAUAUCUUUCUAUACUAUGUUCAAUCGGGUUAUCAGGUUAUAAACGAACGUUAGGGAAAAAGCUGGCUGUCGAUGUGGGUGGGAAUAGACGUUUACUUGCUAUUUCUGUUCCUCUUGGGGCGUUAAUGAUCUCACCCUUAGCUUUUGUUCAAUAUCUUAUGUACUCUACAAAUUACAUAGAAAAUAUUAAACACGUGGUUGUGGCAUAUGGAGGGUUGGGAGCUGGUCUAAUUAUAUUUGACUAUUUUGUCGGCCACUCGAUUGGUAUAAAAACUUCCACACUCUCUCAUGUUACAGCAGGAUGGCCAAUUUCAAUUGGAAAUUCCAUUUUGUUAGGAUUAUUUUUAUUUUAUGAAGAAUUUUCGAUUCUGGAUAUAGUGUUGGCCGGUAUCAUGUUUUUGGGAAUUUAUCAUUUGAUAAGUGCUGAUACGCAAUACGCAAAUGAAACACAUUUUCUAUCACCUGGAGUUGGUGGUAGUGCUUUUGAGCUCCCACUUCACGGCAGCGCAAAUUCUACAUUUCAUGCAUUAAGAGGAUUCGGAAUCUUGGAAAAUAUCAGAUCCUACAUCAAAAUUAUCUUGGAUAAUCGUGAUUCGCGGCAAAUCUUUUAUUUUUUAUUAUUAAAUUUGAGCUAUAUGUUUGUUCAAAUGGUAUACGGCAUCUGGACCAAUAGCUUGGGUUUGAUUUCGGAUGCUAUUCACAUGUUCUUUGACUGUUUGGCAUUGGCGGUUGGACUUUUUGCUGCUAUCAUGAGCAAAUGGCCCGAGAACAAUAAGUUUACAUAUGGGUAUGGAAGAAUCGAAACGCUUUCAGGAUUUGCGAACGGAGUAUUCCUCAUUUUGAUUUCUAUAUUUAUCAUGUUCGAGGCUAUCGGUAUUUACCUACAUAUAUUGGCUGACACGCUUGGUUCAAUUGGAGUAAUAAUUUCAACAUUACUUAUUAAUCAAUUUGGUUGGACUGGAUUUGAUCCUUUGGCUUCAAUGUUGAUCGCUGGAUUAAUUUUCAUGAGUGUUGUACCAUUAGUUAAACAUUCGGCUGCAGUCUUAAUGCUUUCAAUAAGCGAUAGUCUUGAGUAUCGUAUAACUGAAGGCUUACAAAAGCUAUUACAUGUCGAUGGAAUAAUCUCUUAUACAAUGCCACGAUUUUGGCCUAAUGAUAGUCAAUGCUUAAUAGGAAGUAUACAUAUUCAAAUUAAAGAUCAAUUUGAGGAACAAUUUAUUAUCAGUGAAGUUACGCGGGUUUUAAAAUCACAUAUAAUAGGAUUAGAAGAAUUAACAAUACAAGUAGAGAAAAAUCAAGGAUUUAAAGGGAAAAGUUAUUAA